AAAAACCUUACAAAGUCAUACCGCAGCCUCCGCCCCCCCCAACCACUCACCCAUUCAAAAGGCCAAAACAUCACCACCACCUGCAAAGCAUCAGCAGUAAAACCCUAAAGGGAUUCGACGAAAGAGACACAACCCAAUAUCCUAUCUUCGUCUCUCCGUCUUGCCCUUUCUCCAAAAUCUCAUCUUUCUUAUUAUUACCAAAGAUGUCGAUGUCUUGAGGUCUUCCACUGUCAUCACCAUCUACCCCUUCAUAACCAGGACCUGUAAUCAUGGGCAAGACUGGAAUCAACUUGUUCGACGACACGAGUAAUGGGUUCUUCUCAGUUUCCGAUUUGGGAUCCGACUGGAGCCUCCAGAACCCAAACUACCGCCCAGUUGGUGGGUUGUUCGCUAGUGUUAAUCAGUUAGGAGCUGGGUUCGGGUCAGGAUUCGGGUCUGGAGCUCCUCCAAACAGAGACAACAAUAGCUUCACUGCUCAGCUCAAUGAUUUGUGCACAAAGUACUUGCCUUUCAAAGAAGUGGAGGUUGAAGAAGAAGAAGAAGUGAUUGGUGAGAAGAAGCUUAAGAAGAAGAAAGGAGGUUUCAAGCUGAAGCUCAAGAUCUCCAAUCCUUCCUUGCGGCGGCUUUUCAGCGGUGCUGUGGCCGGAGCGGUUUCCAGGACGGCGGUUGCUCCUUUGGAGACCAUUAGGACUCAUCUAAUGGUCGGAAGCGGCGGCGAGUCCACCACCGAAGUGUUCCGUGAUAUCAUGAAACAUGAAGGGUGGAAAGGUCUCUUCAGGGGUAAUUUGGUCAAUGUCAUUCGAGUAGCACCUGCUCGUGCCGUUGAGCUUUUUGUAUUCGAGACAGUUAACAAAAAGUUGACUCCGAAGCUCGGAGAAGAUUCGAAAGUUCCCAUCCCAGCUUCAUUGCUCGCUGGUGCUUGUGCUGGUGUUAGCCAAACCCUCUUGACAUACCCUCUCGAGCUAGUCAAGACCCGUCUUACAAUUCAGAGAGGUGUGUACAAGGGAAUAUUGGAUGCGUUUGUCAAGAUAAUUAGGGAGGAGGGCCCGACAGAACUUUACAGGGGACUUGCCCCGAGUCUUAUAGGAGUGGUUCCAUAUGCAGCAACAAACUACUUCGCCUAUGAUUCCUUAAGAAAGGCAUACCGUAAGAUGGUGAAGAAAGAGAGCAUCGGAAACGUGGAGACUCUUUUGAUUGGUUCUUUGGCUGGUGCGUUGUCCAGUACGGCGACUUUCCCCUUGGAGGUUGCUCGGAAGCAUAUGCAGGUGGGAGCAGUUGGUGGAAGGGCGGUUUAUAAGAACAUGUUGCACGCUUUGGUCUGUAUACUGGAGCAAGAAGGUCUUGCAGGUUGGUACAGAGGGCUUGGACCGAGUUGCUUGAAGUUGGUUCCUGCAGCUGGAAUAUCUUUCAUGUGCUAUGAGGCGUGCAAGAAGAUACUCGUUGAGAACAAUAACGAGGAAGCCUGAGCUAUGUUUGUCACAAUGACUAAAAUGGGUUCUUAUGGCUGAUGAUUCUGCAACUAUACGUGUACUUGUUUAGACUCCACAUUCACAGUUAGGAGAUUUGAGUUUGAAAUUUUGGGCAGGCACAUUAUUGAUUUUUGUGGAACUAAACAUCCGUAAGAUUUAUCUGUUUUUUUGUUUGGUUUUUGUAUUGUGUUCUUGAUCUGACAUAGCGUUGCUUUAUUUGUUGCUUGCUCAAAUAAGUUGGAAAUGCAAUCUGUUUUUGAGUUCAC